AUGACCAGCACAAUGUCAACCACCAUAGCACCAAAACGAGAGAACCGCGAUGCCAUCCUCUCGUCCCUCCCACCACCAUACCUCGGCGACCUCCGCUCCCAGAUCAAGCAAAAGGUCUCCGACCCCAACUCAGGAAUCCCACUCCUCGUAAUCCUCGACGACGAUCCAACAGGAACGCAGACAUGCCACGACAUUCAAGUGCUCAUGACCUGGGAUGUGGAAACGCUCAAAUCCAGCUUCACGUCCGACGUUACGAAGAAUGUUGGUGGUUUCUUCAUCUUGACCAAUUCUCGCGCUCUGCAUCCUCAUGAGGCGCGGGAGCUUAUCAAGGAGAUUUGCAGUAAUCUCAAGGCAGCAGCGAAGGAGGUUACUAGAGAGUUUGAGAUCGUGCUGCGGAGUGACUCGACUUUACGAGGCCAUUUCCCGCUCGAAGCAGAUGUGGCGUCGGAGGUGUUGGGAGAGGCGGAUCUGUGGGUGUUGGCGCCUUUCUUCUUGCAGGGCGGGAGGUAUACGAUUGACGAUGUGCAUUACGUUGAUGAAGAAGGGACUUUAGUGCCUGCGGACGAGACGCAGUUCGCGAAGGAUGCUACAUUUGGGUAUCAGAACUCCAACUUGAAGGACUGGGUUGUGGAAAAGACUGAAGGCGCUAUCAGUCGGGAUCGUGUGCAUGGUUUGAGUAUCCAGGAUAUCAGGAAAGGUGGUCCAGAUAGAGCCGCAGAGCUCUUGACGGGAUUUGCGAAAGGAAGUGUGGUGAUUGUCAAUGCAGCCAGUGAGGCGGAUAUGGAUGUGGUCGUCUUAGGCCUACUUCAAGCCAGCAAGUCGAGAAAGUUCUUGUACAGGAGUGGCGCGGCGUUAGUAUCGUCAAGGCUAGGGAUAGCUCCGAUACCGCCGAAGACAGCAGAACAGCUGCACCUGGACCAAAAAGUUGGCGGUCUUGUGAUCGCUGGCUCGUAUGUCCCGAAGACGGGGGCGCAGCUUGAUGUCCUUCGUCAGAAGAGCGGAUCAAAACUCAAGACCAUCAUUCUUGACGUGAAGGAGCUUCUGCAGUCGCCCGAGAACGCCGAGCGCAUCAUUCGCGAAGCACAAGAGACUGCCGCCGGCGAAAUCGAGAGUGGUCAAGAUGUGCUCGUCAUGACAAGUCGUGAGUUGGUCACUGGCAAGGAUGGUACGGAGUCGCUGAAUAUUGGGUCCACGGUGGCCAAAGCUCUGGUGUCAUUCUUGCAAGGUCUAGGAUCCAGGCCACGCUAUAUCAUCGCAAAAGGUGGGAUCACAUCAUCGGACGCGGCGACCAAGGGCCUGGGCAUGAAGAUAGCUACGGUGGUAGGACAAGCGGCGCCGGGUGUGCCGCUUUGGGAGUGCCUCGAAGAGACCAGCAAGUGGAAGGGCAUCCCGUACAUCGUGUUUCCUGGCAACGUUGGCUCGAACGACACAUUAUUCGAUGUGGCUAACGGAUGGCGUCCGUAG